AUGGAAGAAGAACAGCAGGAAGCUGUACAAAACGAAACCCCCCAGAUUCCAAAAAAGGGACCUCGUGUUCAUAAAAGAAAUAAAGAUAAUAUCAAGCUUGAAAAGAGCAAAGAAUAUUAUUCAAAAACAACUUCAAUGGGAGACCUAAUCAAUCCAGACAAAGAAAUGUAUAUGCCAGGCACAGGUAUAUUCGCUCCACCUUUACCUAAAAACUUUAAAGAAUACCCUACUUUCCUUGAUUUCGCAAAUUCCCGACUUUCCGAAGUUAAGAAAGGAGGAAUGUUCGGCAAGAAAUUUUCACCUAGUGAGGUUAUAAUCUGUUCCAUGGACCCGCUUAAAACAUCUCUUCUGAUUUCAAACAAAAAAAUUGGUGCCCAACUCAAUGAACUGCUUCUUACAUAUAUUAAGGCCAAAGCCGAUGAAGAUGGAAAGAAAGCUUUGAAAGAAAUCUACGAUUUGAUCAGAAAAGAUGAAGAAUUGAUUGAUGAAACAUUUCUUCAAGCCAUGAGGCUCACAAACCAGACACCAGAUGAAUUCAGCCGCAAGACAUGGCAGGCAUUCAUGUUUGUUUGCACAAUUUUCCCUGCAUCAAAAGAUAUCAAAGGAGUUGUUUAUAAUUACAUCGAAUCCAGAUGUCAUGACACAGAUCCCGUAUUACAAAGCAUGGCACAGUUCACUUACAUUAGAUAUGAUGCUAGAACACCUUCAGAAUCCGUUUUAGAAUUUGAUGACGAAGCAAUUCCACUUGACGAGAUUAUUGACAACUUACCGAACGAUGUUUUUGAAGGAAAUCAUUAUUCCUGUGUUUCAAUCUACGAAAUGAUCUGGUCUCAGUCGAGAAAUGAAAGAAUCCAUUAUCCAUAUCCUAUUUACCUCAAACAAAUUACAAAUAGGAUGGUAGAAUUAGGCAUAUUGAAGACUGAGGGCUGUUUCAGACUCCCUGGAUCAAAAUUAGCUUAUACAAAGGCACUUAAAGAAUUAUAUCACAACAAAUGCGAAAUUUCAUCACUUACGAUUAAUGAUUUGGACUCAAUGUUCAAGGCAUGGUUCCGUGCUCUUACAGAACCUCUCAUUCCAACCGGAUAUUUCGAUGAAUUUCUUGAAAGCGUCAAGAAUGAGAAAUACAUCGAAUUUGCAGAGUCAUUACCAAGAGUUAACCGUGAUACAUUGAAAUUCCUCGUUGGUUUCUGCAAGAAGAUUACUGCUGCAAAUGAAUACACAAAAAUGUCUUCCCUCAACGUCGCAAUCUGCUUCUCUCCAAAUAUUGUCAGUCCUCCUAAGUCCAGAGUAUUGGAAACACAAAGGGGCGCUGAAUAUGCAAAAAGUUUCUUGAUUUAUUUGGUCGACCAUUGGAAUACAACCGAUAUUUAUACAGAUUAA